GGGCUUUUUAGUGGACGGGCUCAGUCAGAGGCUGCCCUGGACACACGGUGUCCAAAACUCGGAGCUGUAGCCCGUCCUGCUCCACUCGCACGAGGAAAACAGUUCUGGGAACUACUUUUAACGUGUGUGACCCUGAGCAAGUCACUGCCUGCCUCAGUCCCUGUCAGACGAGCUGGAGAAGGAAAUGGCCGACCAUUCUGUCGUCCCCGAGAAAACCCUAAAUCAGGUCACGAAGAAUCAGACACGGCUGAAGCGGCUGAACAACAACAACCACUUUUAAAAAAAAACCCCAAACUUUUGUUUUUAUAGCUGUUUGUUAUUCAGCCCGGUCUGAUUCUCCGGGACCUCCUGGAUCGCAGCAUUUCAUGCACAGGGUUUUCUUGGCCAAGGCAGCGAAGUGGUCCGCCAUUUCCUUCUCCGCUGGGAACAGAGGUUAAGGGGUCUGCCCAGGAUCCCCCAGCUAGUGUCUGGGGCCGGAUUUAGCUCCUCCUGGCCACGUCCCGCCCUCUGGCCACUGAGCCACUGGUGGUCAUUUCUAUCACGCCUUCGGGACCCCAUUUGGGGUUUCCUGGCAAAGAUAUUGUAGCGAUGGAUCUGCCAUUUCCUUCUCCCACUCAUUUUUACAAAUGAGGAAACUGAGGUACACGAGGUCAAGUGACUUACCCAGGUAAUUGGUACCUGGGGCUGAAUUUGAAUUCAGAUCUUCCUGACACAGCCCAGGACUCUAUCUACUGUGCCAUGUUCCCCCCCCCCCCCACACACACACACAGCCUUCUCUUGUGUCUACAAAGUCCAGCAAAACCAAGGAAUCCACAGUCUCCCAGAGCGAGCGAUAUUCCACGCCGGGAGCGCCCAGCUCUCCAGAGGAGGGAGGGAGGCGGCAGCUUCCGGCAGGAGCACCGGCUUCAGGCCUGCGUCUCACCCAGCAGCGCUAGUGACCGUGACUACGACUUCUCGCCCAAAGGCCCACCUGCCUCUGCACGAAUGUGUCCCGGGGGUCCCCGUCCCGACGAAAUCCCGAGGCGUUCUCAGAAACAUCUUCAUGUUCGCGAGGAGCUCACGCUUCCCAACACUGAAGUCCAUGGCGAUUCCAGCCUGGAGAAGAGACUGCUCCCUGAAGCCCUUCCCCAAGCCCACAUCCGGCACAGGCAGAACCAGGGAGUCGUAGCUUGAGUUCUGCUCCUGCAAUGGGGACGGCAGGACGGCCUGGGUCGGCCACCUCCCCUAACUCCCUUCCCUCUCUCCAUGGCCAGGCCCGUGGCUCAGCCGGCUUCUCUUUGGGCUCUUCCUGUCCUGGGGAGCUCCCGGCCUCCCCCCCAGUGAGAGAGGCCGCCCCCUGAUCCGUGCGCGUUCUCACCUGCUCUCCAGUUCACAUCCUUGUUCAGGAGCCGGUGUCAGCAGACGGACCUUUGACCUGAGCCUUUCUGACCACAGCUGCUCUGCCUCCAAUGCCUCCCGUUCCUGCCACUUUUCCUCAAAUGACGGGUUUUCCCCAGCUCCCUUCUCACCCACGGAACUAAUCCCUGCACAGGCAUUUAGCAAACACCUAUUCCGUGACUAGUGCCAGGGACCGAGAGACACCCAAACUUUCCCUGCGAGGAGCUUAUCAGGGGAAAGGACAGAUACACCCAUCUGUAAAUGGAAAGUAAACAACCCAUUGUUGCCUUUGCUUUUCCAAGAUCAUUACUCUGUUCUGGUGCCAGGUGUACGCUUGCCAAAAAUAAAUUAUUUUAUGGAGAACUCACACAGGGCAAGGGCCCACAGAGGGAUACAAGGAUACUUUUUUUUUUUUGCAUGUUUUUUAAAAAUUUAUUAUAGCUUUUUAUUCACAAGUUAUAUGCAUGGGUAAUUUUACAGCAUUGACAAUUGCCAAACCUUUUGUUCCAAUUUUUCCCCUUCUUCCCCCAUCCCCUCCCCUAGAGGGCAGGAUGACCGAUACAUGUUAAAUAUGUUAAAAUAUAAAUUAAAUACAAAAUAAAUAUACAUGUCUUAACAGUUAUUUUGCUGUAGAAAAACAGUCGGACUUUGAAAUAUUGUACAAUUAGCCUGUGAAGGAAAUCCAAAAUGCCGGCUGGCAAAAGUAGAGGGAUUGGGAAUUCUAUGUAGUGGUUCAUAGUCAUCUCCCAGAGUUCUUUCGCUGGGCGUUUCUGGUUCUCUUCAUUAUUGAACAAAUCUCAUUGCUGGAGAUAGCCAGGUCCAUCAGAAUUGAUCCUCAUAUAGUAUUGUUGAAUUAUAUAAUGGUCUCCUGGUCCUGCUCAUUUCCCUCAGCAUCAGAUCCGUGUAAGUCUCUCCAGGCCUUUCUGAAAUCCUCCUGCUGCACAAGGAUACUCUUGAGGUCUCCCUUAAGAACCUUAGAAUUGAUUUUGGGCCCCGGAGACGCUGGCACAGGACGCCCGGGGCCCACGUAAAGUAAGCGUAGGGUGGCUGGUGAGACUUGGGAGGACGAUGCCCCAGAGCCUGGAAGUGAGGAAGGGGACCACUCAAAGAGGGACAGCCUCUAGCUCCCAAAGGCCCGGAUGGAGAUGUGAGCUGGCCGCCGGGUCUCAGGCCGGGGCGGCGGAACCUCAGCACGCUGGAGAGGGGUGACCUAACCCAUGGAAUAGAUGGGCCAGCCUGGAAGGCUUUAUCUGUCAAACAAAGGAGUUUUUGUCUUUGAUCCCACGGGUGGUAGGGAGCCGGCCCCAGUCCCGUCUGGCCGCAAAGAUGCAGAAACGCGUCUGGUUCGGGUUCCCGCGUGGGGGACAAUGGACCCCGCUCUCGCCCUCCACCCAUCAAAGCCCAAGCGUCCCGUGGCGUCACUGGCCGGGCUGGCCCUUUUUUUUUCCUACUUGGAAGGAGGCUGCGAUGGAGGCCGGGAGGCUGAAGUCCGUUGGGGGGAGGGGGAGGAGGGACAGCGACCAAAUCUGGGCGCACUCCGUACCUCGCAGGGGACUUUCGAUUUCACUUUCACGUCCUCACCGGCUCGGGUCUCACCUCCUCACCUCCGCCCGCGCCAGCCCGGGGGCUGUCAUGCUCCGCUCAGCCCGGCCCGGGAGGCGCCCCCCUCUCUGAUCCUGGCUCCGCCUCUUCCCUCCUUCCUUUCAGUGUAUAUCUCCCCCCCUCCCGCCCCCCAAGCCUGCACUGCCCCAGGCACCUCCCGGGCGGCAGAGACGCAGAGCGAGGAGAGCCGAGGAAGCGCGACAGCAUGGCGGGAAAGGACCUGGAGAAGUGCCAGCAGCAGGCAAAUGAAGUGACUGAAAUCAUGCUGAACAACUUUGAACGAGUUCUGGAGCGGGACGGCAAACUAGCAGAACUGGAGCAGCGAUCCGACCUGCUCCUCGAUAUGAGCUCCACCUUCAACAAGACGGCCAAGGCGCUGGACCAGGAUAGACUCUGGAAGAACAAGCGGUGGCAAGUGAUCCUGGGCCUGGCCGUUGGUGGUUUACUCUUAGUCAUUCUCAUCGUGGUGCUAGCGAUCUUAAAACCCUGGCAAUCCUCUAAGACUCCCUAGAGUGUUCCUAGCAGGACUCUUUCUCUUGGAUGGAGCUUCUGACGGAGAACUCUAUAUCGUGGAUAUUUUCUUGUCUCUCUCUACGUUCUUCUGCUAUAGGGAUUUAACCAAGUAAUUCACUAGUUCUGAGCAUAUACACUGUCUCCACCUUUUAAGGAUCUGAAGAUCACUUCAAUAAAGAGAGCUAAUUCAGUUUCAAUUGAUCAAAAAUGGGCAGAAGCAGCUACACCCAAAGAAAGAACACUGGGAAAUGACUAUAAACUGUCUGCAUUUUUGUUUUUCUUCCCGGAUUAUUUAUACCUUCUGAAUUCAAUUCUCCCUGUGCAACAAGAGAACUGUUCGGUUCUGCACACGUAUAUUAUAUCUAGGAUAUACUGCAACAUAUUUAACAUAUAUAGGACUGCUUGCCAUCUGGGGGAAGGGGUGGAGGGAGGGAGGGGAAAAAUCGGAAUAGAAGUGAAUGCAAGGGAUAAUGUUGUAAAAAAUUACCCUGGCAUGAGUUCUAUCAAUAAAAGUUAUUAAAAAAUAAAAUAAAAUAAAAAAAAUUCUAAAAAAAAAAAGGAAGUAAAAGCUAAAAUAUAAUUUAAUGUAUAAUAUAAAAAAAAAGAUCUGAAGAUCAAAUCAAUAAAUCAGGGGCAUGUCAAGAGUAUUUUUCGUUUCUGCAAAAGCACCAAAGGGAAAAGAGAAGUGAGUGGGCAGAUAUAACCAUGUGUCUCCCAGGGAUGUAAACUGGAAGAGUUCUUCAGAGAGCAGUUUCUGCUGAAGCCAUCAGGUGGCCUUUGAAUAGCCAGCCCUGGUUUCCUUCACACAUGAGCAAAUGUAGACUAGCAGCCUGUCUUCGUGUACAAGAUUUCUUUGCUAAUUUGCUAGCACCUGCCCAGGUGACCUUUGAUUUGUCCUAUGACUGAAAAUGUAAAGAUAAUCAUACAGUGUUGCAUAAAUUCAUCCAAAACACCUCAGGUACCUGCAUCCUAUAAUUCUUCUCUUCUUCCCAAUUUUGCAUGGACAUAACUAUCAAACAAGUCACUUAACCUCUGUCUUCAUUUGUAACCUUCAUCUGGAAAAGGGGAUACUAACAACACCUCCCCAGGAUUUCUGUGAGAGAAAAUAAUAAAUAAGAUAAUAUUUGUAAAGUUCUUAGCAUCUUGCCUACCACGUAAUAGAUGGUUAAUAAACAUUUGCUUCCUUCUCAAAUAACAUACUCUUACAUGCUAAAUUAUAUUGACUGAAUGGAAUAAAAAAUUUUAAUAAUA